AAUUGACGAUAUUAUAAAUAAAUUAUAAAUAUUGAGUUAUUAAAUGUUUAAAGUUUUGCAGACAUAUAAAAGUAGUACUAGUAUUGCAUUGUCUUUCGUUGUAAGAUUUAGACGCUGUACCACAAAAACCAUGCAAGUUUUCACUCAGAAGCGUAAUCCCAUAACGGGGAGUACUGAAUGGGAAUUACAACACGAAAAUUAUGAUUACCAUCAGGAGAUUGCGCGAUCAGGGUUUGCUGAUAUGCUGCAUGAUAAAGAGAGAAAUCAAAAGUAUUAUAGAGCACUACGGUUGGCUAUUAAAAAGAUGCACAGUGAAGGAAAGAAGGCUAAUGUUUUGGAUAUAGGCACAGGAACAGGUCUUCUUUCAAUAAUGGCAGCGAAGUGCGGGGCUGACUCUAUUGUUGCAUGUGAAGCAUUCAAACCUAUGGCCGAAUGCUGUAUUAAGAUAUUGCAACGUAACAAUGUUGCUGACAAAAUAACUGUCAUACAGAAACGUUCAACUGAUAUUGUUGUGGGUGAGAAUGGAGAUAUGAAAGAGAAGGCAAAUAUCUUAGUUACGGAAGUCUUUGAUACUGAAUUGAUUGGUGAAGGUGCUCUUUCAACAUUCACUCAUGCACAUGAGCAUCUUUUAGAAAAAGAUUGUAUUGUGGUGCCGGACUCUGCGGUGAUAUACGCACAGGUCGUUGAAUGUCCCACAAUGCAGAAAUGGAAUAAAUUAAAUGAUUUAGCCGAUGAUGAUUUAGAUAUUAUCUUGAGGACACCACAAAAGAUGAAAGACUGUGCAGGUUCAGCUGCAGUUCAUGAUAUACUACUAUCUCAAUUGCCACGUAAAGCAUUCCGUGAACUAUCUGAACAAAUACCUGUGUUUUACUACGACUGGUCUGGUAAAACUCCUAUCGAUCUUAAGAAGACUGUUAAACAAGAGUUUACAGUAACUAAUACCGGGAAAGCACAGAUGGUAUUUAUGUGGUGGGAAUUGAAUAUGGAUACAGAAGGUAAAAUAGUACUAAGUUGUGCACCUUGGUGGUGUCAUCCGGAUGCAGAUUUGUCUUCGGAGAGACCACAGGACACGAUACCGUGGCGUGAUCAUUGGAUGCAAGCUGUCUACUACCUUCCGCAAGAACUGACUGUACACAAAGACACUGAAGUCACUCUCAUCUCAUGCCAAGAUGAAUACUCACUCUGGUUCUACUUAGAAGACGAAAAGACCAAACAUAAACAUUACAAAAGACCAGUUUGUGAGUGCGGAGUUCAUAUGACAUUCUCAAGAACACAUGUAUCAUAUUUAAAUGAUGGUAAAAGAAGUAAGAAACUUCUAGCACGACUUAAAGAAGAAUUGGUUAAAGAUUCUGUAGUUCUGGAUCUAAAUGGAAGCACUUUGUUAGGUCUGGCUGCGGCAAAACUUGGUGCAAAACAUGUUUUUAUACUUGAAGAUAAGAAAUUUAAUAUCGGAAUCUUACACGACUAUAUGAAAGAGAAUUUUCUAGAAAAUGUUACAAUUAUAGCGGACGUUGGUGAUGAUAUAUUGAAAGAUGUUACAAAUGUAAUUUGCGAUCCUAAUUUUAGUGAUGCAAUAUUACCUUGGGAGAAUCUUAAAGUAGCAUAUCUUUUACACAAAUAUAGAAGUAAGUUACGAGAUACAGUUUCAAUAAUACCUGAGGGUUGUGAAUUCUGGGCGAUGCCAGUCGAGUUUCUGGAUUUACAUAAGAUUCGUGUACCUUUAAAGGUCUGUGAAGGAAUUGAUGUGACCAUUUUUGAUCAACUAGUUGAGAGUUCUCGUGUCCUAAGUGAUGUUGAGAUCGAAGCGCAGCCGCUGUGGGAGUACCCGUGCACCUGUCGGGGAAUUCCCCGCAAACUGCUCGCCCUCGACUUCCAUAAUCUCAAGCCGAAGUUGGCCACAGAUGGUGUUAAUACCUUCACGGAUGUAGAAUCAGAUGAACGUCAGCCAAUGAACGGGUUCGUGGUGUGGACUUGUUGGUCAGUGGGCGGCAAGGUGGUCAGCUGCGGACCCACAGAGUGGCCGGCGGUCGGCGCACGGCUCGACUGGGACCCCCACACUCGGCAGGCUGUUAAGAUACUUAAAUACUCGCGCGAAGUGAGCGGCGAUGACAAGUGGAACUAUCAAAUAGUCACCGACUUGGACGAAGGACUAUUCAAUAUAACUAUAGACUUGGAAAAUUAAUUCAUCAUUCGUCGAAAGAUUUAUGAACGAGAAAUUGCUUUUAUUUUAUUG